UUGGAUAACAGCCAGCAGAAAAUGUCUCAAUACUCAGGAAAAAUCACUUUCUAUGAAGGCAGAUGCUUCACAGGCAGGAAGCUGGACGUCUGUGGCAGCUGCAACAGCUUCCAGGACCAAGGUUUCCUCAACCGGGUUAACUCCAUCUGUGUCCAGAGUGGAGCUUGGGUCUGCUUUGACCACCCUGAUUUCCGAGGGCAGCAGUACAUCCUGGAGCACGGCGAGUAUCCUGAUUUCUACCGCUGGAAUGGGCGCAGCGACCACCUGGGCUCGUGCCGGCCCAUCGGGAUGCACGGCGAGCAUUACAGGAUCGAAAUAUUCGAGGGGAGCCAUUUUAGGGGUCCCAGCCUGGAGCUGACAGAAGAUUGCUCCUUCCUGCAGGGACAAGGCUGGGACAAGACCUGCAUCAAUGCCCUCAAAGUGUACGGCGAUGGCGCGUGGGUGCUGUACGAGGAGCCCAACUACCGAGGCCGCAUGUACGUGGUGGAGCGCGGCGAGUUCAGCAACUUCAACGAGUGGCAGGCGCGCAGUGCCAGCGUCCAGUCCAUCAGGAGAGUCGUCAACUACUUCUAG